AUGCUACCCAAGUCGUUGGCGACUGGAUUUUGUGGAGGUGCACAAUUGAUGGAUAUUCUCACGAUUGGAAGAUUUAUAAGAGAACGGGCAACCUUGUUGUUACUUGACCAUUGGAUCACGAAGAAGAUGCAGCUGGAGAGUGUCUUAACCAAGCUCGGACUUAGCCGUGGUGUGAAGCGUGCUCUCUCUGACGACGACUUACACACUUUUACUAUGUACAUUUCAAUGUACAACGAGAAGAACCCAGACAACAAGGUCUCGUUGCUGGAGACUAACUGCACACUAUGGCGGCGAUGUAGUGGCGAAAGAGCUGAUCAUCGCAAAGAUGGACCGUGA